UCGGACUGACCCGAACGGGGUUAGCUCAUUGUCGAAUGCCGUCUUACCUGAGCGACUAUCGAUGGCUUCCCGAGGACGGGCCAAUGCCUUUGCGGGCGAAAGCUUCGCCUGCAUCCGUGGUUACUUGGUAAUAACUUGUACUUUUGCUUCGGGCAAGCUGAAGCCGUGGUCCCGGCGCGAGAGGUUGAUCUCCAUGUUCAUGCCGCGCGCGAGCCACUCGUUGUUAGCAGAGGUGUUGAUGGCUACGGUGCAGCUGGAGAGAUUGAUGGAUGGGCUUUCCCACUCUUCCCACUCUUCCCACUCUUCCCACUCCCACUCGAGCGCCUUCUUUUGUCUCUUUCUUUGCCUCUUGGCCUUCGUACCUCCGCUUGGAGGCCGUGUUUCCCUUCCCUUCCCGUAUACCCACGGACGUUGAUAGGCACCGAGUAAGCAGCAGCACAGCUCUGAUAGGCGGCGCAUCAAUAUUUUGGUUGCAGCCUGGAGCAUGGGGUCGUCACCGUAGGGCAGAUCCCCAGUCGGCUCGAGCGGGUAUGGGCGACAUCCCCAUCCUCCCCUGUUGUCCCGUUUUGCUCACCGCUAGCUUCCUUCCCUCCCCAUUCUCAUCCCGGAUCGGAUUGAGAGAAAGAGAUACAGCAUACAUGCGGAAAGAGCCCGAAACACCUGGCUUGCUACAUAUUUUGUGUGCGCGUCUUUUCUCAGGCGUCGUUCGGAUUCCGCCUGAUGAGUGAAAUCAACCGCUUUCCAGCCUCUAUGUUACAUAGCACCACUCUGCCCAUGCGCCCGCGUUACAUGAGGCCAUGCAGCAUCUCCCUCCCCAUACAUAGAUAGUAUUAUCACCGUGUGCUCCAGUGAGCCUCAGCCUGUCCAGGGAUGGGGGGU